ACUUAUUUACUAGCUACGUAAAGAUGGUCUCUUUACGAUUCGCCCCGUUAAUAGUUCUUUUGCUUGUAGUGCAUGACACCCCUUUAGCUUCAACGUUCGGAUUUAAUGAAGAUUCCCAUUUCAAGGUAAGUGAUAAGUUUUUUUUUUAGCAUCCUUUUCGUUAGAAUUUGAAAGAACUUCAUAACUCUUCGUUCACUAUAAGAGCAAGCUCACUAUCAGUUACUUUAAUUAAGCCGACUUGUUCCGUGACAUUUGCAAAACUGGCCAACUAAUCCUAGCCAAGUUUUCUUCUACUUGAAAGAUUUAACGUACACCUUUCUGUUAAUCUCCUCUCCUCAUCCAUCUUUCAGUCCUUUAAGCUUUAGUAUAGUACAUGGGUGUUUUUUCUUUCUUGGAGCUUGUUUUUCCAAACUAAUAAUUCAGAAUUUUUUCUAUUUAAAAGUCUGAUAUAAAUUAUACAAGGAUGCUCACUCAAAAUAUCCUCAUGGACUUAAAGAGUAAGAAGCUAAAAUAUUGCGUUUCUCUUUAAUAUGACUUGUAAACAUGUUAAAAGUAGUAAGUGUCUUAAAACACAACGAAAAAAGUUUUAUUAAUGCGGUAUAUGAAUAUGGGAUGAUAAUUUAAUAACAGUGAAACGAACCCUCCAUAUUGUAAAAGAUUUUAUUUGAAAAAAAAGGAAAGCUAUUAGAAAAAGAAACAUUUUGUCACUUCUGCAUGUCUUACGUCUAUGAUACAAUUCCCUCGAACUGUUUAUGUGAAAGGCUAGUUAGCCGAAAGACGAAAGAUUUGAAUAGCAUUUGUUAAAUCUUUAACUUUUGCAUAGAGUUCAAAGUUAAGGUUUCUUGACGUUGAUAUCAAAUUUUAUGUUCACCGUGCCCACGGAUAAAACCACCUGACAGGAUUUGAAAGUCAGAAACUAGGUUUUUAAUCUCAAGACUUUCAAAAUUCUAUUUUUUUCAAUCUGUUUCCGCCACUUCUAGGGGGAAGGGGGGGUCUACAAAAAUAUUCAGAUUAGAGGGUGUGGCAUUCGCUCUGAAACCUUGACUCUAUUUUAGACCAAAGUACGUUAUUUCACUACGGCUUAUUUGAGCCCUGAACCACUGUUUAUCAAGAGAAAAAUGAUAGUAAUACAAAAUCCGUACAAGAACAAAACUUUGAUCUAUUUCCAAACCAAAAGGGCUCGAACAUUGCUCCCCUCGGGACUGCACAUGGCCGCUUAUUUAGUUCUUCGGGGGUUUCAUUGUCAGUGGUACUGCAUUAAGCAAUAUUUGAGACGAGAUACCUAAUUAUACAAGAAUCUUUAAUCUAAUUCUGAUCCGUCAAUAUAAUUCUGUAAUGUCUCUAAUGUGUGGCUGUUCAGACUUUUUAACUUCCUGACAGGAAACAUGUGCAUUGAUACUAAACACGGACGUAGCAGCAUUGAGUAGCGCCUGUCAAUUUCAACAGAUAGAUGCAGGGUAGAUGUUUCCUAUAAAAUUGGCAUCGUCAACCAGGAAAAAAAAUAAUAAAGGACUUUUACAAAAAAUCUGUAUUUUCGUAAGAGAGAUUCCUUACUCGCUUAUUCAGUAAAUUCAACUAUAUAAGUGAGCAGGAUCAGUCAGAAGCUUUUCCUUAAAAUUUCGCCACUUAGACAAUAAGCCUCAGGAGAAUAAAAAUUGCAUUAGUUUCAUACAAAUCGUACUGAGAAAAAAAGCUUAGAAUAUGAAUGAUGCUUGUUGAUAAAAAGAUCCAGCUAUUGCAUUGAUUUCUGACUAAAAUGAUGAAAGGGCAUAGUAUAUGGGGGAGUAUCGUCCUUUAGAAAAUAAUUUCAAAGCAUAAUUUCAUAGAUACGAAGACAAGGAGUUUCUUCGCAGUGACUAUUGAAUUAGUAUUGAUUCUGCGGAAAAACAACGAAAGAAUUAGAUUAAUUAUUGCGAAAAAUUUCCUUAUGUCGACAGAACGAUGAAAACAAAUAAAAAAUAACUUGUCGAUGACAUAUCUAGUUACUGGACGUGACCAAAUGGGAUAAACAGUAAUUAACUUCAUCCUUACAAUGUUGGCAUAUUUUUGGAAAUUUCCUACUGUUGUCACGUGACUAAUUAUAAAUUAACAAGUUAAAUGCCAAAAGAUCUUUACUUUCACCCCCUGUUUUUUGGUAUGCAAAUGUGGCAUUUACCAAUAUCUUUGUCAUAUAUUUAGUCCUCAGUAUUUACAAACUAGCGACAUAUUUGCAAUUCGUCCAGUGUUAAUGGCAACUUUUUUAUUCUGAUUAAUUGGAUAGUUUGGAAACAAACGAAAUUCAUAAUUUCCAAACACCUGCACACCGAAAGUUGGCCUUCCUGGGUGAUGCAUGAAAUCUGUCAUAUCAUUCUGUUAGAUUAAUAUCAUAAGAUCAUGGGUGACGAGUUACUCCUUAACUUUGGCUCAAAAUUGCCAUGGCAACCUUCCGUACGUCUAGGUGCCAAGAUGGCGAGGAAGUUUUAAAAUUUUAUGAAUGAAGAUGUCAGGGCAUUAAAAGACACUUUGGAAAACCUAAACACAAGAAAGGCCACAUUAAGAAGGAUUCUAACAGGUAUUUUGUCGAGACAUUACGAACAUUCUCAAGCCACAUUUAAGCUGUAAACUUUUGAGAGCAUGAAGUUCUCUGAUCGAUGCGAUAAAACCAGGAUAAACAUGUCAAAAAUCCGCGAUUGCAAUCGUAAUUCGUCACCUAUGAUAUUAAUUAAAUGGUAUACUCGUGAAAUUAGGGAAUAAUUUCGCUUGAUUUGGACAAAACGCGCGUGAAAUUUUUCCCUAAUUUCACUCGUCACCACUUGAUUACACAUACUAAUAACAGCCGAAAAUGCCGAAUUUAAGGCUAAAACUAGUUUUUCAUCCCAGGCCAUUAAAAUAGUUCUAAGGCAAAUUAAUAUAAGCAGAAAUUAAACGUUUAUAAAAAUAGAUAAAUAAAUACUGAUCAGAGUAUACAGCUGUAAUCAUAUAUGUUAACCAAAUUUCGCUAACAAUUUCUAACUUGAAUAUUGAAGUAUUACCUCUUUGGUUGUUAGGAAACCUAGAGGUGAAUAAUCCUAGUUUUUUGUCUAAUUGAUGACUUGCGCUCUAAUUGUCGACGACCGGCAUCGUUACUGCUAACUUAACUCUGGCCGGAUUAUCGUAUCACGUCACCUAUCGGUCGAGCACGCUAAGGGCAUGAAGAUAAAUACAUAUAAAAGACAGGCAUCCGUUGAGUUCACUUUACCUGUAGUCGAGUCGACUUGUACUGCGCUUUUCACAAACAUGCGAACUCUAAAGUUCAACAGCCGCCUUCACAAUUGCGAUUUUCGCUGCCGUCAAUCAUAUUACGAUCACAAGCAACGAACCUUGAAACACAGAAACACACAAAACGGAUCGAAAUCCACCAAUUACAAAUCACCAACCAUGACCUUUUGAACCCGUUAAAGUAAAGUUUUGUUUCCUAAGAGGUCGGUUAAGAUGAUUGACGACGGCAACGAAAAACGCAAUCGUCAGUUGGCUUUUGAACUUCAGAAUUCGCAUGUUUGUGAAAAGCGCAGUAAAUGAAAAGUUCAUCGCUCCCAUAUGGGAGAGAACUCUUUGUUUCACUUUCUAAUUUAUUGAUGUAGCCUUACUAAGUACAUUGUCGUGAGCUCUCAGUUAUUAAAUUAGGACGUUUGUCGUUCUACAUGGAAGGGGUCGCUUCAUUAGAUUUUUGCAAAGGGGUGGUGUCCGUCUACUAAAAAACACAUAAAUUCUAAUAUUUUUUAUGAUUUUUCCCUUCACAGCGUCGCAGUCUGGACAGCCUAUCUGAGCCCCCACCCACCGUACCAUCCUGCCCCAGUAAUUGCAAAGAUGGUAAACCAGGAAGAGAUGGAAGGGAUGGAAGGGAUGGGAUGACUGUGGUAGGUCCCCCUGGGCCACCAGGGAAGAAUGGACUGAACGGUACGGAUGGGCAAAAUGGAAGAGAUGGAAAGGAUGGAAGAGAUGGGAGAGAUGGUCCAAAGGUAUUAUUCUAUUCAUUUACUAGGGACCAGACUUUGCCAAUAUUCUAUUUGAAUGCAUUUUAACGCCUGUAAUCUCAUCAAUUUUAAGCCCGGACUUGAUCAUAAUAUUUUCAGGGAGACCCCGGACCACCCGGUGAGAGGGGACCUCCAGGAGUGUGUGACCGAGCUGAAGUAAGUCCAUUCAAUAACUUUUGGCUUAAGCAGAUGUUGUUGCCAGUCCAAUUUUAAAGAGGCCACUUAUUCGGUUCUGUGAAUUAGGAAAUAAUUGAUCCCCUGACGGUUCUUAUCUUUGUGUGUAUGAGUAUAAUUACAUAAUUAUAAUGAAAAACAUAAAUAGCUGUAUCAAAGUACUGCACAAGAGGUUUCAUUCUGACACUUUAAUUCAUACUACCAGCGCCAGAGAUAUGAUGAUCGAUCGACUUUUCUUUAACGGCUUUUGUCACGGCUAAGUAGUCAGGUCUUCUUCUAUCAUGUUUUAUGAACCGAGAACAAUACAACAUUCGUGAUAGUAGGGCGUGACUAAUAAUGGAUGGUAAUCGGGUCGAAUAUGAUCGUCCGGGUGAUUGCACUCCUGAAGGACUGUUGUUAACAGCGACUGACGUUUCGAAAACCUUUGCGGUAGUCAUCUUCAGUGUCAAAGUGAGUUGUAUCAACCAUGUAUGUCCUUCAAAAGGUCUAGCUUUCAUUUUGUUUAUCUUCCUUCCUUUAGAUCAACUCUAUUAAGGCACGACUCAGUGACAAUGAAAUCAAGGUAAGCGUUGUACACUCAAUCGGAAGACUUAUUUUAUUUGCUUUUUUUUGCAUUCCGAACAAUUUAAUAAAUCCUACUGGACCUGAAAUAAUUCUACCGAACGUGAGCUAACUGUGUCAUCCUUACAACGUGCUAAAUGAUAUGUAGGCUUGGACAGGCUGAAGUAAACUUUAGGGGCUUGUUCAUAAUCUUGCGUACUUACCUCUUCUUUUAGAAAAAACCAUAAGUCCCUUUGAAAACCCAAGUGGUUCGUGCCAUUUUAUUUCGAUAGCUUCAGGAAAAGUGGUCUUUCGUUUGCUGUGAUGCUUUCUUUAAUCACACAAGCUGAUUUGGCUUAAAUUCAGAAUUAUAACUUAAAUCGUUAAUGCUUAUGCAUGAAUUCAGUUUUCAACCAGACGGCUGUACAAACACUGAUCUGUAAGCUUGUGGCUAUGUAAACCCUUACUUUCUUCAACAAGGUGCAUAUAUUCAGGGCAUCAACAGUGUGAGUGGGCAUUAACUGAGACACCCCUAGUUGCAAUAUAUACAAUAUCCCACGCUCUUUAGCCAAUUGAUUGCUUUGACGCUGUUCUGCAAUAGUUAAAGGUGCUUUUCAUUUUUUUCUGUAAACCCCGUUGUCAAGGUUAAGGUAGUGAAUAAAAUAAAUACGUCUCGUCCAUCGAGAGGUUCAUCAAAAUAACAAAUUAAUAAACUGAUACUAGGAUGCUAAGUCUGUUGCUUAAAUAUAAAACACUAAUUAAAAUACUUGUUCUUCUUUUUAAAACAGCUGCAGAAAAUCAGUGACAAAGUCAACAUGUUAGACGUUAAAAUUGAUGCAGAAGUAGCUGAUCUUUUGGCAAUUAUUCAGGUAGAGUAAAACUAAUCCACAUUUCUAUCAAUGUUGCCGAUAAGGUUCUUUUAUUACGACAACGAGCUUUUAGAUUUUAUAAAACGCUCUUGUUUUUUUCAUUUUCCUUUCGUUUGCUGUGGUUGUUGUUGGUGUCGUUUCGCUGAAAGAUCGCCAUUAGCCAAUAAUUGUAAUUAUAAGCUAAGUGAAUGCGUAACAAUUUUGAAAAUGUGCAAUGUAUUAUAAAGUAGAUGCACAAUCAUAUUACAGUUAUUGAAAAACACAAUUGCUUCAAAUUCAUCACUAACCAAUUUCCCUUUGAGGGUCAUUUCUUCACUCGUUCAGCAAGCAAUUAACAAUUAGAUAGAAAAAUCUGGCUAACAAGGCCAGAGGGUGUUAUUUCUUCGAGAAAAUGUUUCGUUUCUCAUUGUGAAUAAGAUACCACUUAAAUUUGUCAGCAAAGAAUAGAACCAGUAACUGAACCUUCCUCCCCUAUAGAUCGUAAAUGCAAGUCUAAUCCCAGGCCCUGCCGGGCAGCAGGGGUCACCAGGACAACAGGGACCUAAGGGUGACAAAGGAGACCCAGGAGCAACGGGUGCUAAAGGAAAACAAGGGCCAAUUGGUACACAGGGCCCUAGAGGUCCCCAGGGCCUUCAGGGGCUUCGGGGGCCCAAAGGAGAAGACGGUGAUUGUAAUUUGAAAGAUUGCAAACACGGCUUGAUAGAGAACGUUCAAGGGCCGGGAUAUCAACCCUUGAAGGUUACUCUCAAGGGACCCAGUCAGGUAAGUGUGUCAUGUGUUGUAGAAAAAUUAAGCUUGAAAUUCUUAUUUUUUGUCCCUAAUCAAAUGAGAAUCUGUUUAAAGUUGCAUUUGGAGUGAUGUUAGAGCAGAAAAUUUAUUUCUCAAGUCUCUAAACGUAACUGGACAAGUAAUAAUUUCAUGGCGAAGAAAUAUGAUAUUAAGCCAGCAUUAGGACGCUGCUGUUGAAUAACUUUAGACUCACCGGGAAACUAUCUUUGAGGACAUUUAAAUACUCUAAUGGAGAGAAUGCGGAUUAAAAUGUCUUCGGGAUUUAUUAUCAGGUUGCGCCUAAAAUAAUAGACUAUUUUUUUCUGUCAAAAGUUGAUUGGAUACAUAUUUUGCCUUUAGAUCUCCAUGUCAGAUUUUCAGUGGUAGGCACGUCGCAAAUAAUUUUCGUCUUUCACCUGAUUUUGAACUUUUUUUCGACUUAGUCAAGAAAAUUCGAUCCUUUUCCAGAAAACUAUAUUAGGCUAAAGUUCAUUUCAAACCAGUUUGUGGGGAAAAUUUGGUGUGGAUCUCACGUGGGAAAAGCCCCAUCCCAUCGCAGAAUGUGAGUAUGUCUCCAUAGUGAACCCACGCUCUUUAUAUUUGUAAACUGCAAAUGGAAAUUAAAUAAGAGAUAAAAACUUACCUGUUUUGUUCUAUCCUUGAAUCUGCUGCGGUGCGAAGUGAAAUGGAAGUUGUUUUACGAUGCGAAAACGAUGUUCAAGGCGACACUUUGAUCGUUGGUGAUUGCAUAAUGCUUUAUGUGGUUUGUCUCGCAUUUCACGCGGUUGUUAUUAUCGUCUCUCGUUUCAUUGUUGGUUACACGCUCGGAAAAAAGUGCUAAAAAUCGGGCAAAAAUUUGUCCAAGCUAUUUUAAAUAUGCAAGGAAUGUUACCAAUAUCUCUUAAACUACAGAAGAUAAUGAGUUGAGACUUUUAUUUUUGUAUUUGUCGUAAGUUAUAGUUUCAAAUUCUUCAUUUUUUGGAUUAGUACUGCGCAUGACCGAAAAGUCCAUUUAUGUGCACUUUAUUUCUGCCAAGUAUCACAGUUUCAGGUUACAUACUUUUGAAAUAGAAACUUUUGGGAGUUUUGAUUUGGCCACUAGAGGGUCACAUGACAGGUAACCAUAGAAACGCCUGAUCCAAAAUGUUCCUAGAAUCAAGUAUUGUUGCCUGUAUUAAUUUCAGUAACAUGCCUUUAAAGAAAACAAAGUUAUAGACCCAAGAAUUCCAAAUAUUUUGUGCCUAUCACGCCCCAACUGAAUCUGUUGGCCGCUCAGCUUGAAAAAAAUCCCCAGCGUGUAUUGCUGGUUUUCGGUGUCACGCCAUUCAAAAUAGAUCAAAAUAAAAAUCAAAACCGUUGAAGAGAUAAAGUCCAGAAUCUGGGAAAUGAAAGGAGGUAAAUGUGCAAAGACCCUCGCCAAAUUUCAGGUCAGAGGAAUAUUUCGUAUACGAGAUAUUCGAAGAAAAGUUUUACCCAAAUUUAUAGAGAUUUGUAUGGAGACGCCAUGCUGGUGCUCAUCCGGAUGAGCACCAACAUGGCGGACGGAAACCAAGAGAAACAUCUGUUACCGAGUUUUUCUAAUACAUGAACUGUUUAGAUAGGAAAAUUCCCUAAAACAAGUCUUUUUUUUAACCUUCAUGACUGUCACAGCUUUCUUGGCCGUCAUGCAAAUGCCGCGUCACGCAAAAGCUUAGAAAUUCAAGUGUACUCUAUCACAAAACCAAGAACCCUUUUGGAGCGAAAAUUUGUAUGAAAAUUAGUUUUCAGCUGCUCUAAUACAUCGUGAAAGUAAAAUCUCGGUAGGAUCGAUAGUUUUGUAGUUUGAAUUUUAGUGACAUCAUGUGAAAACCAGAAUUUAAUUUAUUGACGAUUCGAGAGAGAGACAAGAGACAUUGAUUAUACGACAGCAGCUAUGGAGUUUCGACCCUUGUCACUAAUCAUUACCGUUAAUUCAAAUGUUAGUGAAUUAAUAACCACGCGAGACGAUAAUAACCGCGUUUCACCAACAGUUAAAUGCGAGACAAACCAAAUAAAACAUUGUGAAAUCAACAACGGUCAAAGCGUCGACUUCAACAUCGUUUUCGCAUCGUAAAACAACUUCCAUUUCACUUCGCACCGCAGCAGAUUCAAGAAUAGAACAAAACAGGUAAGAUUUUAUCUCUUAUUUAAUUUCCAUUUGCAGUUUACAAAUAAGAGCGUGGGUUCCCUGUGGUAUGUUUCUCAAGUUAUCGAAACGCCUCAACACCGAAGUCAACACAAUUUUUUCUUACAGAAUUACGUGAUAGUAGGUGUGACCUGUUCAUCAGAACGAAGCUGGGUUAGUCAGUUAUCGUAUGAAAGCACAUCAGGCUCGUACAUCUGUACUUGUAACCGUAAAUACGCAAAGGCUGGAGACCAGCGGGAUGAACGAGAAAAGCAAGUGCAAAGUCCACAGAAGAAAGGAAAAGACAAGUCACAUAUCAACGGCUGGAAAUGGCAAAGAGUCUGCGCUCUACAUUACUGGGAAUGCCCCAAAGAUUAAAGUAAAAAACACAGAAUUGCAACAAGCCCAGCAUUACUGUGAUUUUAGAACAAUUUUCUCCUUUAUGCCGGGCUAAUAACAGUUUCCCUGUACUUUAACACUAAACAGGUUUAAGUGAAUUUCCGAAAAGUUUUUUUUCAAGUUAUUUCUAACUCAUCGAACUGUAAUCCACCUUUAAACGAGGUAAUAGGGCUAUAUAAAAUGAAAACGUGUAACAUAACAGUAGUUUUCCCUUAUUAUCAAUUCAUGAAAAUAAAUAGAGCUGGACCAAGUUCAUUGUAGGUUGCCUUGGUGAACCAUGAAUUCAAAGAUAAAUUUCGAAGAAAUAAGCAAUACAUCAAUUUUUGCUCUUAUUUAGAAGCUAAUGGUCCAAUACUUCUGUCCUCGAAAUAUAUCGCCAAAAGAAUGUCUUGACGUCUACUGAAACGACCUUUGAAAACCGCCCAGACAGUUUUGUUGCCAGGUAACUGCGGACACUAAUACGAUCCCGCACCUAGCAGAACAGCCAACGAGUUCAAGAACGAUCAUUUGUAAACCGGGCUACAACAGGCCCUUAAUGUGCCCUGCAUCGAGAGGGAUUAUUCCUUGUCAGUUCUGGUGCUACAGUACUGUGCAAACGUAAUGAAAGCGAAAUUCGCCUGAUGUCGUCCUUUGUUCUCGCGAAAA